UUUCCUUUCUGCACAUAUUCAUACACUAACUUGUUCUUUCUAUUCUCAUAUAUAUAGCUAUUAUAUAUAAUGUGUGCAAAUUAUGUUAACAGUGAAGUGGACGGAAAAGCCGCUUAUGGCCAGCCGGCACCGGCCGUGGUCGGAGCUCCGGUGUUCAAUACUGGAGUACCCAGUCAGUGGACCACCGGCUUAUGUGGUUGCUGCGAAGACUCCUCAAAUUGCUGUGUGACUUGGUGCUGCCCUUGCAUCACCUUUGGCAGGAAUGCUGAAAUAAUUGAUAAUGGGGUUACAUCUUGUGGUCAUGGUGGGAUUAUAUACUCUCUGCUGGCCUGUGUUGGGUGUGCAUGUUACUAUACAUGCACUUACAGAACUAAACUCAGAGCUUUCUUCAACCUGCCUGAGGAUCCAUGUUCUGACUGUUUGGUUCAUUGUUGCUGUCUCCCUUGCGCUCUAUGCCAGGAACACCGAGAGCUCAAGAACCGUGGCGUUGACCCCACUCAAGGAUGGAUGGCGAAUGCACAAAAAUGGAAGCAAGUUACAAUGGUGCCUCCACCUGUUGCACCUGCCAUGGGUCGCUGAGUUCACCUUAAUUUGGAUUUUAAUUUGAUGGUUUUUAAUUAAAUUAAUUACAUUAUUAUUGUCUAUUUCCUAUGUAUUUCAAUUCAU